GGGCUGGCGUUGGCGCUGCCGCGGGGGCGCGGCCGUUACCGUCUUCACCUCCUCGCGCCGCGCCGCCGCCGCCGCCGCCCGCUCUGGGGGCGAAGCGAGGCCGGAGAAGGCAGCAGGGCGGGUGCUGGGGCUGUUAAAUAAAAAGAACAUAGCUCAGCUACUGUUUCAACAGGAUGGGUUCUAUCGUGUGGGAGUGUGGUUAAUCAACUUGACACGUUAACCUAAUACAACCUAUAUAAUGUGAAAAGAAAAGACGAGAUGUCCCAUCUGUCUCAAGUGUUCUGUCGGACUGAGUGAAUAAGACUCUAUCAGUACAAAUAGUAUUUCAGUAUUUGAAGACUCUUAACAAACAAGCAGCAAAAAUACUGGCAUUAAAACCAAACCUUCGGUACAUGUAUAUCUGAAAGUGUGCAUUGAAUAAUCUGACAGGCCUCAGUGACUGGCUCCCAUUCACAUGUGGAAGGAUGGCUACUAUCUUGAUGUUCUGCUGUCUUUUGUUCUUGGAUGUUUUGGUGGGGCAUACAAGUGGACACAGUUUAUUUUCUUGUGAGCCAAUCAUCUUAAGGAUGUGCCAAGACCUGCCUUACAAUACCACCUUUAUGCCUAAUCUUCUGAAUCAUUAUGACCAGCAAACUGCAGCAUUAGCAAUGGAGCCGUUUCAUCCUAUGGUCAAUCUGGAAUGCUCCAGGGAUUUUCGACCAUUUCUAUGUGCUCUAUAUGCUCCAGUCUGUAUGGAGUAUGGACGUGUCACUCUCCCAUGUCGCAGGCUUUGUCAACGUGCAUACAGCGAAUGUUCCAAACUCAUGGAGAUGUUUGGCGUCUCUUGGCCAGAGGAUAUGGAAUGCAGCAGAUUUCCGGACUGUGAUGAGCCUUACCCUCGUCUCGUAGACCUCAAUUUAGCUGGAGAGCCCACAGAAGAGGCCCCAAUGGCAGUGCAGAGGGACUAUGGCUUUUGGUGCCCCCGGGAGUUGAAAAUAGACCCUGAUCUGGGUUAUUCUUUCCUGAGAGUACAAGACUGUUCCCCUCCUUGUCCAAAUAUGUACUUCAGGCGUGAAGAGCUCUCCUUUGCCCGAUAUUUCAUCGGAGUGAUUUCCAUCGUCUGCCUUUCUGCUACCUUGUUUACUUUUUUAACUUUUCUGAUUGAUGUCACAAGAUUCCGCUAUCCAGAAAGACCCAUUAUAUUUUAUGCUGUCUGUUACAUGAUGGUGUCAUUAAUUUUUUUCAUUGGCUUUUUGCUUGAGGACCGAGUAGCGUGCAAUGCAUCUAGCCCUGCGCAGUACAAGGCUUCCACAGUGACACAGGGCUCUCAUAACAAAGCUUGCACUAUGCUUUUCAUGGUGCUGUAUUUCUUUACCAUGGCUGGCAGUGUUUGGUGGGUCAUUCUUACCAUCACAUGGUUCUUGGCAGCUGUGCCAAAGUGGGGCAGUGAAGCAAUUGAGAAGAAAGCAUUGCUCUUCCAUGCCAGUGCAUGGGGCAUUCCAGGAACUCUAACCAUCAUCCUUUUAGCAAUGAAUAAAAUUGAAGGUGACAAUAUUAGUGGCGUGUGUUUUGUUGGCCUCUAUGAUGUGGAUGCAUUACGAUAUUUUGUUCUUGCCCCCCUCUGCCUAUAUGUUGUGGUUGGAGUUUCUCUGCUGCUCGCUGGCAUUAUCUCCCUCAAUCGGGUUCGCAUUGAAAUCCCAUUAGAAAAAGAGAACCAGGACAAGCUGGUGAAGUUCAUGAUCCGGAUUGGCGUGUUCAGUGUUCUGUACCUCGUUCCACUCUUGGUUGUAAUUGGCUGCUAUUUCUAUGAGCAGGCUUUCCGAGGUGUGUGGGAGACAACCUGGAUACAAGAACGCUGCAGAGAAUAUCACAUCCCAUGCCCAUAUCAGAUCUCUCAGAUGAGUCGCCCAGACCUGAUUCUCUUUCUGAUGAAGUAUCUUAUGGCUCUAGUAGUUGGGAUCCCUUCUGUCUUUUGGGUUGGAAGUAAAAAGACCUGCUUUGAAUGGGCCAGCUUUUUUCAUGGACGCAGGAAAAAAGAAGCUGUAAAUGAGAGCCGCCAGGUGCUGCAGGAGCCCGAUUUUGCUCAGUCACUUCUGAGGGAUCCUAAUACCCCCAUUAUCCGAAAGUCAAGGGGCACUUCCACUCAGGGGACUUCCACUCAUGCUUCAUCUACUCAUCUGGCUAUGAUGGAUGACCAGAGGAGCAAAGCAGGCAGUGUCCACAGCAAAGUAAGCAGCUACCAUGGCAGCCUGCAUAGGUCCCGUGAUGGCAGGUACACCCCCUGCAGCUACAGAGGCAUAGAAGACAGACUACCUCAUGGCAGCAUGUCACGACUGACUGAUCACUCCAGGCAUAGCAGUUCACAUCGGCUCAAUGAACAGUCACGUCACAGCAGCAUCAGGGAUCUCAGCAACAACCCAAUGACCCACAUCACACAUGGUACUAGCAUGAACCGGGUUAUUGAAGAGGAUGGAACCAGUGCUUGAUUUGCUUUCAACAUAAAGGAGAAGCUCCUGCAACAGUGUUACUUGGAGUCCAUUUCUCAGUGAUGUGAUAAUACUCAGUAUUCUCAUGCUUCCCAUUGGUGCUGAUUUUUUGUAUCAGGAAGCUGAAGUUUGGCUUUGCCUUUUUAAAGCCAGCUAUCAUUGUGCUUACAUCAGUGCUAGGAUGCCCAAUGAUCAGCAAUCUGGAAAUAAACGAAAGUAAAAGCUUUUGAAUCUACCAGUAGAUAAUUAUUAAUAAUUUAUUAUAUAACUUGUUAUUUUCCCAUCAGAUACCAUAGCUGGAUUUCUUAUUAGAAAAAUCCCCAAAUACUUUGAAUUUCAGUAAUUGUUACCUUUGAAUACUCACUGGCAAGGUCAUGUUAAGAGUUCCAAUAAACAGAAGGAAACUCUUGAAUAUUUGAAGGAGUUCUUCCAUGAGGGGAGGGCUGCAUAUUAACUACGGUACAAAGGGCAUCUGUAAGAAAUCAGCAGGCAUUUUUAAAUAGUUAUGCUGGAAAUAAAAAAAGAAUGAGUAUUUGGCAGGAAGAAUGGAAACUCCAGUGAAGAUGGUCAGUUCUUACAGAAUUGUUCAGGCUCAAUUGUUAGGGUAUGGGGAAGGGAAGGCAUGAUUUUUUAAGUUGGUAUUGUCCUUGCCUUUUUACCAAAUACUAUUUAAAUUUUCUGCUUGUUUACAAUUUUUCUGUGGGGAGAGGUGGAAAACUCAAUUUGAAGCCAGUUACCUAGAUAAUAUUCAGCUACCCGUUUUUAAAUUAACAUACAAAAACUGUGAGAGUGCCUGUUCCUGACCUCUCAAACACAUGAUGGGGGAACCUGGAUUUUCUCUUUAAACUAGAUUGUUUGACCUCUCUCCUUAUGGACCUAUAAGAACAAAUCCUGAUCCCAAUCCCUGCAGCUUGGGUCUGGAGGGGUGGGUGAAAUGGAUGCAGGGAGUUUAUGUGGGAACCCACCAGGAGACCACAGAAAUGUGUUCUGUGAGGGCUCCCUUUAUACUGAGUUGUUGUGGAAUGGGAGGUUUAGAGGUAGGUGGGAGAGUAUUGAAGAAGGAGUGCAGCAGUGGAUCCAUGAGUGCAUAGAUCCACCAGCCAGAUUACACUUCUGUGGAAAGGAGGUGAAGGGGUGGUCAGGGUCAGGAACUGCUGCCGCUCUGUAAUCUUGGAGGUGGAGCAGGUUUUCACAUUCCCCCUCGGUAGGCCCUGAGCCCGUUUAGGUGGGGUGUGCACUGGAGAGAGUAUUUGGCCUAUAUUAUGGGUCUCUUCUAUCCAGCUUGCCACUAUCAUUCGGAACAGAGAAUUCUCUGAUUUUUAUGGAAACAUGAAUAAUUUUGCUCUCCUUUUGCCUUUGUGGACAUUGCAGGCAAAGUCAAGUCAUGUUUUAAAUGGUACACUUGAUCUGAAGCAGUUUCAGGUAUCAUUCACCAUGAAGAAACACUGGUUACAUUUGAACCUACCUCAGUCAUUACUGUAGAAUAUUGCUGGGAAGUGUACAUUUUUUCAUUGUCGUAAUAUUCAUUCCCUUUUUGACCUGUUUGAGGCAUGUUGAAAAGACUUUGUACGUGCUUGGAUGGCAUAACCUCGGGGGCAAAAAAAAGGGCAAAAACCCAGGAUAUGUACUUCAGAGGCUUUUUGGAGCAACAAGACUUAGGCUGUGCAACCAUUAUUCAUUUUAAUUAUUCCCCAAUGACAUGACAGCAAAUCACUUAGCCAUGUUAGUUUUUAAAAUCAAAGGUUGCUCUGGGAGUCGCCAUGCCUUUAAAAAUCUGUUUGCUAUAAAUUGCUUUUCCCAUCCUGACCAGGCUUUGCUCCAGAAGAGAGGCAUGAACCAAAACCAACUUCAAAUAAAAAUUUUUGGAAGCUUACUCUAUACACUCCCCUCUAUGUAAAUCCAUUAAUAGUGAUAAAAGUUACAGUGCACACAUGCCUGGAGGGCAGACUAGACCCUAUAAUUUCUGUUGGAUUGACUGUAUGUAUAACUAACUGCCACAGUUGUGUAUUAUGUUAAGUCUCUGAUUAUUCUACAUC